AUGCCCAGGUCUGCUCCAGAUGAAGCUGGUUCUGUCCACGCAGGUCCAGACGGUGCUCACCAGUUAUACCAGCGGACCACAGGCGGUUUUUACGGCGACAAGUGCUUCAAACACUUUAAUGGAGAACGUAGUGCUGGUGGGAAACUAUUUACAUGCUCUGAGUGUGGGAAAACAACUGGCAGGAAAUCAGAUCUGAAGAGACGCAUGAGAACCCACACAGGAGAGAAACCUUACAGCUGCUCAGUCUGUAAGAACUCUUUUAGCGACCACACACAUUUACAGAGACGCAUGAGAACCCACACAGGAGAGAAACCUUACAGCUGCUCAGUCUGUAAGAACUCUUUUAGCCGGCACUCAUCUUUACAGACACACAUGAGAACACACACAGGAGAGAAACCUUACAGCUGCUCAGUCUGUAAGAACUCUUUUAGCCAGAGUUCACAUUUACACGUACACAUGAGAACCCACACAGGAGAGAAACCUUACAGCUGCUCAGUCUGUAAGAACUCUUUUGGCCAGAGUUCACAUUUACACGUACACAUGAGAACCCACACAGGAGAGAAACCUUACAGCUGCUCAGUCUGUAAGAACUCUUUUAGCCGGCACUCAUCUUUACAGACACACAUGAAAACACACACAGGAGAGAAACCUUACAGCUGCUCAGUCUGUAAGAACUCUUUUAGCCAGAGUUCACAUUUACACGUACACAUGAGAACCCACAAAGGAGAGAAACCUUACAGCUGCUCAGUCUGUAAGAACUCUUUUAGCCGGCACUCAUCUUUACAGACACACAUGAGAACCCACACAGGAGAAAAACCUAACAGCUGCUCAGUGUGUGAUGGAAGAUUUCGGAGCAAGUCAGCUCUGAAGCGCCACAUAAUUGCUCAUACAAGAGACAACCUUUAG